AUGGCUGCCUCGAAACCCUCCACCAAGGGCAAGGGCUCAAAAGGGAAAUCCGGCCCAGCCAAGUCCGGCGCCAACAAACCGAAAUCGAAAUCUUCAAAGCCUACCGGCAGCGCGCCCGAAGGAAUCUCGAAGCGCAAGCAGAAAUCCAUGUCGCUGGCUAAGCCCGGUGGCGCGCAAAAGACCAAGAGCUUGGUGUCUAAAGACGGGAAGAAAAAGAAGAGGGUCUAUUCAGAGAAGGAAUUGGAUAUCCCGGCCUUGAAUGGAAUAAUACCCGCGGGCAUUGCGAAACCAAAGGGUGUCAAGAAGGGGAAGAAGUUUGUGGAUGAUCCGGCUAGCAUGAUGGCCAUCAUGUCCGUCGUCAACGCCGAAAAAGAAGGGCACCUCGAGUCCAAGAUUGCAAAAGCCCGCCAGCUAGAAGAGAUACGCGAGGCCAAGCGGAAAGAAGCCGAGAGCAGGAAAUCAGACAAGGACCUGGCGUUUGAGGAGAGGAAACAGGACCUCAAGAAGAAGAGGAAGAGGCAUAGUGAGCCUGGCGCUGGUGGUGGCAAGGGUGACGAGAGAGAAGGAGAUAAGAUCAAGGAGAAGGACAGGAAGUUCAAGGUUAGGAAGAGGGUUAGUUUUGGCUGA